UCGAUUUUUUGCAGACAUUCUCCAUUCUAGAUUGCACCCAAAUUUUUUGUGCCGAAGGGUUUACAUUGGUUGCUACGACGUGUGUUUUGAAGAUGGCGGAUGAUAUUGGAGAUGAUGAUCAUGGGAAGUUUUUCUUGCGCAAUUGGGAACAGCAAUGCAUUCGAGAGUUUGAAGAUGACGAUGAAGAACCGUCCCUUCAGCAUCAGCGUGAUUUGGAAGUCCUAAGUCACGGAUUGUAUCACAAAUUUCAAGUCGCUGCCACCUCCGUCGCACAGCUUUACAAAGAUAGGGUGCAAGGGGUCUCCGUGUGGACGCCGUUCCAGAAUGCAGCAGGAACAGUCACGGAGUUGUACAAAGACGGGAACGAUGCAAUACACCGCAGCAAUGAGCUGGGUUAUGCGCUCGGCUACCAGAAACGAACUCGCGAUGUGGUUGCAUGGGUGAAGCGGAAACCGGGGCAUAUUCGUCGUGAAGAACUGAUAUCCUUUUUGUGUGGAAAGGCUGCUCCUGAUGUACCCUAUGGACAACGAUUGCAUCACGUCAGGAAUUCCCCGCGACUGAGAAUGAGUGGAGAGCAGCGUUUAAACUCAGCACCUGAAACCGGAAAUGGCGGGGCAGUGACUGAAGAACUGCUUCACACGUUCCAAGAAGCGAUCAGUGUCGCCAGUUUCAAUGCGGCUGUGAGAACCCCGAUGCCAGGGACUGGGGUGAACCAGGGGCCGACGAGGAGGCGUCCUAGUCCGCAACACUACGUGGACUUGAGCAACUUCAUGUCCAAAGAGUUCGCUAGCCACGGGCUCAAGCGCCCGGCUCCACCUUCGCCGACGCAUCAAGACGAAGUCAUGGACUCUCCCACCCACAAGAAGCCACGCUUCAACUGAUUUCCGGCCGCUCUGGAAGAGACAGACGGCGGCCGUCCCGAAUUCUCUCCUUCGUCGCGAAUUCUCGGAGCUGUGGAAAGGGGCUACUGCUUGUCCGCAGGGGGUUCAGUAAAUUAAUUCCUCGUUCGCUCGACUUCAUCGGCUGCGUCUGGAAAGCUCCUAAUCGAAGAUUCCGUUCCCUUUUCGAAAUGUCCCGGCUUUCGUGUAUUCUUCGUAAGCUUUUCAUUUGAUUUACAAAUUUAGCACCCCCCUCCCCCUUGAAAUAAGCGUAUAGUAAGUUUUCUUGGGUUGCUGCCGAUUCCGAAUCUAAAUUCAGAUCAUGAACUUGAGAUGCUACAAUUUUCCGUUACCGUUUUUUGAAAUUCUGCGGGUUUGUUUUCUUUCGUCUUGUCUCUAAAUGAAAGUAAAAUGAGGCACAUUCAACUCUUUCUUCGUCUGCGAAUUAGAAACUCGCAAAAACUUCGUUAUGGAACAGUGAGAAAGAGACAUUUUUCAUGAAUAUUGUUUUCCUCGGGCUCAUGGCGGUACAUAGAAUUGAAUUGUCUUUUUUUCGUGUUUCUCUUGAUAAAACGGUUGCAGCGCAGUAGGAAGACUGACUAGAAGAAAUGUGUCGAGUCUCUUUUUCCUUUUGAAAGGGCAUUUUCCGUUUCUGGGCGUCUUCGUUCGUGUUGGGGGGAAUUGAGUAAUGAUGCAUAUAUAUGUUAUUUUGCGAAAUCAGGCGAAUUGCGGGCAUCUUGAUUCGAUUAAUGAUUUGGUUCGAUCUGCUCACCUCGUAGUUUACUGGGCCGUAAAUGCUAGUAAUUUUUGUUAGUAUCGAGCAUUGAGUCACAUUUUUCGGGGGCUUCGAUUUGAUGUACUUUGGUUUUGUUUUUUUGAAUUGUAAUUAUUGCUCGGAUGUCCAUAUCCGUUGUACACCGAAAGAAAUACCGAGGAUAUUUUCAGUACAGUAAUAUCUCCUGCUGUAAUUCCCCAAAAAUAAAUCAGAUCUUGUAUAUUUUCUUUCAAGCCUGCAUUAGCUCUGAUUUUUUGAGAUUCAUCAAUGAGAAACAUUUUUACAAGAACGGUGAUCACACCAUCUUCUAUGAUACUCAAUUCCAGAUUUGACUCCUGAACCGAAUGCAAAUUCUUCAGGUUAAUUGUCCCGAAAUGUCAUGAGGUACGUUAGACUGUUACGUCAGUUUGCCAAUAAUCUGGUUUCUGAUCUAGUUAAAUUUAUCGACGUAUUUUGCGUGACUGGUUCCAUUUUGUAGGAAUUUCGCGAUAAUUCGAAAAUCAGAAGUGCGUAAAUCAGACAUGUUUCAUAAAAUGAUUUUUACGUUUUAGAAAAUGGUCUCAUUUUCAAACAGGGAAGAAAAUUUUCCUUUUUUAAAUACAUUUUGAGAAUUUGUGUUUGAACUUUCAAUUGAGACAUGCAUUUCUAAAUUUUCAAUUGAGUUGAACGUAAUGCCCUGCACUGUUCGCAUUAAAUAAAUUUGAUACAUUGCGUAGUUAGGUAUGUAGUGAAUUGGCUUUGGUUUGAUGAGCCAAUCUUAAAAUGUUCCAUUAUCCCAGAUAUGAACCGUUUGAACUUGAUUCUUAUCCUGAAUAAGGUUUGUACAACGAGUGGCGCCGUAAUAUUUCAUUAUGCUUCUUAUUUUCUCUGAAGUCCAUAUUUUCGGGGAAACACAGGACUUCCAUUUUUCUGAGGUUUUGAUGUGUAGAAUGCAUUCGAAAUUAUGCCUGAAUUUAUUACCUGCACUUCUAGAACAUUUUUAGGCUUACUGUACUAUUAUGAAAAUAUCCGCGGUGAAUCGAUUUGAGAGGCCAGGGGGCAGAAUUUUAAAUAAAUGAAGUGCGUUUUGCAAAUUGUAAGAAAUCGGAAUCGCCCUGCAGUAGAUGGGUUUCAGUUGACGGGUUUCAAGUGCGUCUGUUGAUUCCCUGUCCGAGAAGGAGGUCUUGAGAAAGGGAAAAGAAAAAGCUGUGAUUCGGGAUCGUAUUGAAGAAGGAUCGGUUCUAGAAAAGAAGGUCUUGAGAAAGUUGGGGCGACCUGGACCAGAAAUCGAAUCCGCUGUUGGUUCUUCUUUGUGUUCCUUUAAAGGCUCGCGGUUUGUUGAAAACUUUUUUUUGAGGAUUUUUGAAGGAUACUGUAUUUGAAUGCGAUACAUAGGGUGGCCGGUAAGGCGUCGCCGAUAAAAUUUUUUUUUUGCGUGGCGAUGAGUCUUCGAAAGUGUAUUCGAGUCUGUUUCUAAGUUUGUGUGCUGUAUUCAUUACGAAGUUUUUUUGUUGAAAACAUUCAGCUGGUUGCGAUUUUGCACGUUGCUCGACUUGGAAUCUCCGAUCCGAGUCCCCAGGUUUCUUCCGCUGUCUCCUCUUUUAUUUUGUUGCGUGCCUCGAGCAUCAUUAUGAAUCGUUCUUGUAAAGAGCAGAGUAAUAUUGACCUGAUGCUGAAUGGGAA